AUGGUUCUAGAAACUAUCACGCUCAAUACAUCGCAGUGGUCACCGGGCAGCAGCCCGGUGGCCACCUCGCGUCAGGGUACUCCAACGUCACUUGGGACACAGUCACGGGCGGCCACCGUCAAACCCACUCCCUCAAAACUCUUGGGGCAACGAGAGUACGAACGCGACAGACUCGUUCGUAAAUGUGUGGGCCGACAAGUCCAUGUAGUAAAUCUCAUGAGCUUGAUGCCGGCAUGGCCAAAAGAUAUACACUCACAGGAGAUCCUGGAUGAAGUCAAUGUAGAGAUUGACGAGUGGUUGAAGACUGUUAAUGUUGCCGAAGCAAAGAAGAGGAAACAUCGCAUGAAGAGUAACUACGCCAUCCUGGCAAGUGUGUUUUACUCGAGCUGCAAAAAGGAGAAGCUGUUGGCAUUGACCAAGUAUCAGUACUGGAUAUUUUGGUUCGACGAUGAGAUCGAUACAGGUGGCGAGCUCACCACUGACACAGCCGGGACACGCCGAAUCUGUGAUCUGACACUCCAAUGUGUCGACGACUGUCUUCACCCAGACGCUGCGCAAGCCUUCUUUGUCCCACCGCCCAACUCUCCAGGCACGGUGGAGGUUUUGUACGAAGUUCUAGGCGCGAUGCGGCCAGAAAUGGGGCCGAUGUCCAUUGAGAGGAUGCGAAGGGAACUCCACGACUACGUCGAGGGCGUGGCCCGCCAACAGGCGGUGAGGCAAGAUGAACACCUACCCGACCCUUGGUACCAUUUCGAUAUCCGCAGCGCGGACGUCGGCGUCAUUCCCUCGAUUACCCACAACGAGUACGCCAUGGACUUUGAGUUGCCUGAUUCCAUCAGGUAUCAUGAGGCUAUCGAGACUAUUGUGAUGGAGUGUACGAAAUUAGCCAUCCUUAUCAACGAAAUAUUGAGCGUGCAAAAGGAGUUUGUAAGUCUUCUAUUAACCAGUGUACAGCGCGUCGGGCAGUUGGAGAACAUGGUACUCCUGAUCAUGAACGCCGAGAAUGCAUCUGUGCACGAGGCUGUGUCCAGAAUCAUCAGUCUGAUCAGGAAGCACUACGCAGCGUGCGAGGAUGCAGUGGCUCGUCUGCCCUGGACUGAUGAUGAAGUAGUGAAUGAGCACAUACGCGAGUAUGUUCUGGGGCCUGGUUUUGAAUUUUGA